AUAUUCCACGGCUAGCUCGCAGGGAGAGCGGCGGAACAAAGUGUCGGCUGAAGCUGGGGGGGGCGCGGUCGAGGUGGCGCACCGAGCGGUUCCGUGAACGUCACAUCCGGCGUGGACGCGCUCGGGUCACGGCGGGGUCGGACUCCGAGUUCAACACGCACGGCUGAGAGGCGUGAAGUGUGGGAAAGGUGAUGGCGACGGGCUGAAAAAAGGUACAAAGUGCAGCUUGUGGAGCCAUAUCGCUGGGGGUGUCGUCUGCACCGAAGAAGAGGAAAACGAAGGAAAAGUUUGUGAGUGUCGGGAGUUGUGUUUGGUCGAUGCCAUGGCACAGUACAGUCGGGUUGCGGGAUCUGUUGCGUUGAUCACUCUGCAAAACCCGCCCGUCAACGCACUCAGCGCUGCGGUGAGGCAAGGCAUUGUUGACACGGUGGAGAGAGCGCUCCGUGACCCAGAGGUGAAUUCUGUGGUGAUCUGUGGCCAGAAUGGAAAGUUCUGCGGCGGGGCAGAUAUCAAGGAGUUUGGGCGUCAAAUGUCUGGGCCUCCUUUGGUGCCGAUGAUCCACGCCAUAGAGGCUGGACACAAGCCAAUGGUGGCAGCAAUAGAAGGAGUUGCUUUAGGAGGAGGGCUGGAGUUGGCUCUAGGCUGUCACUAUCGUAUUGCUCACUCCAAAGCACGGCUGGGGCUUCCAGAGGUGAGUCUGGGCUUGCUGCCAGCUGCAGGGGGAAGCCAGCGUCUGCCCAGGCUCAUAGGGGUCCCAGCUGCUCUGGACCUCAUCACCACAGGCCGCCAUGUCACUGCUGCCGAGGCUCUGAAACUGGGAAUAGUGGAUCAGGUCACUGAUCACAACACCGUGGACGUAGCUGUGAAGUUUGUCCAGAGUGUUGCAGGACAGUCUAUGGAUUCCCGCCGUCUAAGCACCCGUCCGUGCCCAUCCCUCCCAAACUUGGAUGCCGUGUUUGAGGGGGUGAUGCAGAGGGUGCGUCAGAGCGCCCGCGGAGCAAUAGCACCAGUUGCAUGUGUCCAGGCAGUGAGGGCCGCUGCUACCCUGCCCUACCCUCAGGGUAUGGAGCGGGAGAAGGAGCUGAUGGGCACGCUCUUCACGUCAGGCCAGGCCCGUGCCCUGCAGUACUGCUUCUUUGCUCAGAGAGCUGUGGGCAAGUGGAGCUUACCCAGUGGAGCUCGCUGGGACACGAGCAAGGCCAUGCCCAUAUCUAAAGCAGCUGUGAUUGGUCUGGGCACUAUGGGAAGAGGCAUCACAGUGGCCCUGGCUCAGACGGGGGUGUCUGUGGUGGCUGUGGACACCCAGGAGCGGCAGCUGGCAGAGGCAAAGCAGGCAGUGUCGGGCAUGUUGGAGCGCAUGGCUCAGAAACGAGGCUCGGCCCCUCCUCUUGGUCUGGUCCAUUACAGCAACAACUUGCAGGCUGCGGCAGACGCCGACCUAGUCAUCGAAGCCGUGUUUGAGGACAUGGCGCUGAAGGAAAGUGUGUUCCAGCAGCUGUCUGCUAUUUGUAAACCAGGCACCUUUCUGUGCACCAACACCUCUGGGCUCGACGUGGACCGCCUGGCCUCUCACACCCGCAGGCCAGAGCUGGUGGUGGGGAUGCACUUCUUUGCCCCAGCCCAUGUCAUGAAGCUGCUGGAGGUGGUGUGCGGACCUCGGUCCUCCCCUGAAGCCGUGGCCACUGCCAUGCAGCUGGGAAAGAAAAUGGGUAAAGUCAGUGUGGCUGUUGGCAACUGCCCGGGCUUUGUUGGCAAUCGCAUGCUGAAGCCAUACGUGGAACAAGCCAACUUCCUGCUAGAGGAGGGAGCCACCCCUGAACUGGUGGAUCAGGUGCUGGAGGACUUUGGGUUUGCCAUGGGUGUGUUCAGAAUGUCCGACCUCUCUGGGCUGGAUGUGGGCUGGAGGAUUAGGAAGGCAGAUAAGCUGACAGAUCCUAGCGUACCAGCAGGGCAGCCAGUGAGAGUGCGACAGGGGCGCAGAUACAGCCCCCUGGCAGACCUGAUCUGUGAGCAGGGGCGGUUCGGCCAGAAAACAGGCCAGGGCUGGUACCACUAUGACAAGCCUGGUGGCCGGGUAGCCAGGUCCGACCCGUGGCUACACAGCUUCCUGGAGGAGUACCGAGCCCGGCACGGCCUGGUGGCACGGCACAUAGACCACCAAGAGGUGCUGGAGCGCUGCCUGUACGUCCUGAUCAAUGAGGGCUUCCGCAUCCUGGAUGACGGCAUAGCUGCGGGGCCCGAGGACAUCGAUGCCAUCUACGUGUUUGGUUACGGCUGGCCCAGGCACCGUGGGGGUCCCAUGUUCUACGCAAGCAUGGUGGGGCUGGCCAGAGUGCUGGAGAGGCUGGAGCACUACCACCAGGCUCACCCUGAUGUGCCCCACCUGCAGCCCUGCCGCCUGCUCAGGAGGCUGGUGGCCAGCGGCAGCCCCCCUGUCCAGAGGUGGAGGGAGGUCAUCAAGAGGCUCCACAGCCAGCUUUAAAUUUCAAACAUAUCAGCUUUAAUCUAACUCCCUAUCAUAAUGAUGAGUAUUGUACUGUAAUAUGGAUGAUUAUUUUCUUCAAUAUGCAGUUAUUGUUGACAGUACUGGAGGCUAUUGCUAUUUCUGUGAUUAACAUACCUAAUAUCUCAGAAUAGCCAUUAGCCAUGUGAGUCUAUAGCAGAAUCUAAAUCAACCCCUCAGGGAGUUAAGGUAAUUAUGCAUGGUGGUAUAAUCCAUUGAAACAGCUUAAUAAUAAAAACAGUCCAAGUCUGGUCUAAAAUAUUAAAUUUGCAUGUAAAAUGGCACCAACCCACAACACCCUGUUAUAGUCUGCCUUGCUGUUAAAAUGGCUUAAAAUGUAAUCAAUCAAACCGAAACCUCGCAAUUUCUGUUGUUAGGCCUGUUUGAUUACCAAUCAACUCACAUGUCUAAAACUCAGGAAGAGCUCUGUUAUGUGUGCACAACAUGUAUCACAUAUCUAUUCUGUUGCCUUAAUAAAGAUGUUAUAUUCUCU